AUGCUGUACCUCGUAGGCCUCGGCCUGUCCGAUGAGACAGACAUCACGGUUAAGGGUCUGGAGGUGGUGAAGAAGGCGUCGCGAGUCUAUCUCGAGGCCUACACCAGCAUUCUGCUUGUGGACCAGUCCGUCCUGGAAGGCUACUAUGGCCGCUCCAUCAUCCUGGCUGACCGCGAAAUGGUCGAGUCCAACAGCGAAGAGAUCCUGCGAGAUGCGCAAACCGAGGAUGUAGCCUUCCUCGUCGUCGGCGACCCCUUCGGCGCGACCACGCACACCGACCUCGUCCUGCGCGCGCGCGAGCUCCAGAUCCCCGUUCGGACCGUCCCGAACGCCUCUAUCAUGAGCGGCAUCGGCGCCGCGGGGCUGCAGCUCUACAACUUCGGGCAGACGGUGAGCAUGGUGUUCUUCACAGACAACUGGCGGCCAAGCUCGUUCUACGACCGGGUCAAGGAGAACAGGCAUAUUGGACUGCACACACUCGUGCUUCUGGACAUCAAGGUCAAAGAGCAGAGCAUAGAGAACUUGAUGAAAGGAAGGAAGAUUUUCGAGCCGCCCAGGUACAUGACAGUUGGCCAGUGUGCCGCACAGAUGCUCGAGGUCGAGGAGGAGAGGCAGGAGGGCGCCUAUGGCCCCGACAGCCUGGCAAUUGGCGCGGCCAGAGUUGGCGGCAAGGAGGAGAAGUUUGUCGCGGGUACGCUGAAGGAGUUGUGUGAGCAAGACGAGGUACUCGGCCGCCCUUUGCACAGUCUUGUGCUCUUGGGCCGGAGGACACACGAGCUGGAGCACGACUAUGUCCGUGAGUUUGCCGUCAACAAGGAGACUUGGGACAGCAUUUGGAAGGCCGAGUAUGGCAAGCAGCAAUGA